UAGGGUACGUACAAUAAGCGGGGAUUUGUUAUCUAUUUAUGUACUCUAGUCAGAAUGGAAACCGAUAAAUACAAAUAUCAAUGGCUUGUUUUGUAACGAAAUUAACCCAACGAAAAAAAAGUGAUGACAUUGUAUGGAGCUUUUGUAAACAUUGUUCUUACUUUUUGCAAAAGCUAAUGCAUAGAUGAUAUAUGGAAUAAGGAUUUUAAAAUGAUGGGGCUCUAAGGCAAAUGGAGAUAAAGAUAGGGAGUUAAAACAGGAUCUGAAAGUGACUUUUCAUCUCGUGUUUUUAAAGAACAGUUUUGGAAAGAUAGCGGAUUUUAAUAAUAUGAAUACAAUGAUGUAAAGUGAUAAUUAUCUGGGCUUACAAUAUUAGGAUGAAUUUUGCCAUGCAAAUAACUGAUUGAAUGAAGGAACGCGUUUUAUAAUUGUUUACGGGUUCAUGUUUAUGUUGACCAUUUUAUUACGAAUCAUUCUGUUUUGAAUUUUAAACAAAAUCACCUCAACUUUGGUAAGAAAAGAUUUGUUUCUUAAUGAGAAAAAUAUCAAUUUCAGGACUUUAAUCGAACAAUCGGAUUUUAUCAAACAUGAUUCCGUCGAGAUAUUUAAAGCGACUUUUCGCUAGGCUUAUAGCUGCCGCGAUUUUCUUCUCUUUGGUUAUUUUUGUAUUUAAUUCUGUGAUAGACGACGGGAAUGAUUCUAAAAGUGAUUUACAAAUUAAUAAUAAAGAUAAAAAAGAUUUAAGAGAUUUUAUAAAGGACCGUAAAAUUAGUGAAAAUAUUGAUAAAAAUAAAGAUAUAAAAGACAAAUCAGCUCAUGAAUCUCAAAGUAUGAAUGGUGCCAUCGAUGCUGAUCAUAAAGAAAGCAAUGACGGUAAAAACGAAAACAACGAAGAGCAAAAUGAACAUAUAGAAGACAAUAAGAGAGUUAGACAGGAGGAAAGUAAAACUGAACAUGGUGUUGAAGACGAGGGACAAGGAGAUGAGGGGAAAGAAGACGAAGGCAAAAAGAAAACAACAGAUCGUCGAUCAAAAGAUGCAAACCUUGAAGAAGCAAAAGCAGAAAAAGAUGGCCGUGCUCAGAUAGAGCCACCAAAAGAUAAAAAUCAACAGCCCCAUCCGGAUGGGCCAGGAGAAAAUGGACAAGGUGUUGAAAUAGACGUUUCUAAACUUACCAAAGAACAGAAGAAGGAUUACGACAAAGGUUGGGGUGAUAACGCCUUCAACCGAUACGCUAGUGACAUGAUUUCACUUCACAGAAGUCUUCCUGAUGUUAGAGAUCCAGAAUGUAAGAAGCUCGAUUACGGAAAGAACUUGCCAAGCGCAUGCGUAAUAGUUAUAUUCCACAACGAAGCUUGGAGUGUAUUACUCCGCACAGUGCAUAGUAUUUUUGACAGGUCACCUGAAGAAAAUCUGAAACAAAUUAUUCUGGUUGACGAUUUCUCAGAUUUUGAUCACUUGAAAGAACCCCUGCAGGAGUAUGUUGACAAGAUUGAUAAACUUUCAUUGGUCAGAGCAACUGAACGGUCUGGGCUUAUUCGAGCGCGUAUUAUGGGUUUUGAACACUGCACCGCACAAGUUUCCGUGUUUUUAGACUCCCACUGUGAAGUAACCGAGGGCUGGCUCCCUCCUUUGUUAUACAGGAUAAAGGAAAAUUAUACUAAUGUGCUGGUUCCCGUCAUAGAUGUAAUCGAUGAUAGUACAUUUAAAUACAAUGGUGUGAGCGGUGGGGGAAUCAGAUCUGUAUAUGUCGGAGGCUUUGAUUGGGGCCUCUUAUUUAACUGGCAUCCAAUACCCGAAAAGGAAUUAAAACGUAUUGAUAGUAAAGCUUAUCUCCCCGUAAGAUCUCCCACAAUGGCCGGCGGAUUGUUUGCAAUUUCCAGCGAAUACUUCCGGAAACUUGGCACCUACGACAGUGGUAUGGAUAUCUGGGGCGGGGAAAAUCUCGAGCUUUCGUUUAAAACGUGGAUGUGUGGUGGAACUCUUGAGACAAUCCCUUGCUCUCAUGUCGGUCACGUGUUCAGAAAAAGAAGUCCUUACAAAUGGGGAGUGCGCAAUGCCCUUCAAAGAAACCUCGUGCGCUUGGCGGAAGUUUGGUUGGAUGAUUAUAAAGAAUACUACUAUAUGAGGAUAAAUCAUAAUUUGGGGGACUUCGGAGAUGUCAGUGAAAGAAAGGCACUAAGAGAAAAACUGCAAUGUAAAAACUUUACAUGGUAUCUCGACAACAUUUAUCCCGAACUUUUCGUGCCGGGUAAUUCUAUUGGUUCAGGGGAGAUUCGGAAUAAAGAUCGAUCUAUGUGUAUAGACGCCAAUACUGACACAGAAAGCGCAAGAAGCCAACCGGUGUCUGUUUACCCAUGUCACGGCCAAGGCGGGAAUCAGUUUUGGUUGCUAAGCGCCGACAACGAGUUCAGACGUGACGAAUACUGCUGGGAUACACCAGACGGUGUACAGGUCAAAAUAUACGGUUGUCAUGGGGGCAAAGGUCAUCAAGAAUUUUUUUAUAGAAGCGAUGGCACCAUAUAUAAUCCAAAUUUCCAGAAGUGUGUAGAGAUGACAUAUGAUUCUCAGGGUCUACAACUCGCUGUCUGUGAUAAUAAGCCACGCCAGAUAUGGCAAAUGAGUAGAAACCCACCAAAAGGGCCUAAGAGAGGAAAACAAGCCUAAAAUAUAUGACUUUUAUAUUCAAAACAGCUAAUUUCAUCAUACAUAAAUAUCAUUUUAUGAUUCAUAUACAUAUUAUUUAAAAGUCAGUAUUAAUAAAAGAUUAGGACAAAGAUCAACAAACCUACAAGUAUUAAGUUGUUAAUGGAUAUAUGAACUGUUGUAAAAUUGUCUUGUGACUUUAUUGGCCUUGAUUUUUGUUCACUUUGUUGUGUCAAAGAGAAAUAAGAGUGUUUUUGAAGUUCAUUGCUGAGCUUCACCGACCG